CUUUUUCAAAGAAUAACAAAAUGGAAAAUCGACUGAAGGAGCUGAGCAUGGAGGAUUCCGACGAAGAGCCGCCACUCGCCGUCGAAAUAAACGACACCGUCAACUCCAAUCAACCAACGGAAAACUCAGAGAUUCCUCCGGUCGGCGUCACCGUCAUCACCGGCUAUCUUGGUUCCGGAAAAUCCACCUUGAUAAAUUAUAUACUGAAAGAGCAACAUGGGAAGAGAAUAGCAGUGAUAUUGAAUGAGUUUGGGGAGGAGAUAGGAGUCGAGAGAGCGAUGAUAAAUGAAGGGGAAGAAGGCGGUCUUGUGGAAGAAUGGGUAGAGCUUGCAAAUGGGUGUAUUUGCUGUACUGUGAAGCAUAGUUUGGUUCAAGCAUUGGAGCAACUUGUUCAGAGAAAAGAGAGACUUGACCAUAUAUUGCUAGAGACUACUGGUUUGGCAAACCCUGCCCCCCUUGCAUCCGUGCUUUGGUUGGAUGAUCAGCUGGAAUCAGAUGUUAGGCUUGACUCAAUUAUUACGGUUGUAGAUGCAAAGAACCUUCGGUAUCAGCUAAAACCAAAUCCUAACUCCUCUUCAUUUCCUGAAGCUUACUUACAAAUAGCAUUUGCGGAUGUUAUCAUUCUUAACAAGGUUGAUCUAGUUUCUCAAGAUGACUCAGGAGCAAUGCUAGAGGAACUGGAGAAGGAAAUCCGUGAUAUUAAUUCCCUUGCCAAUAUUAUUCAUUCUGUUCGUUGCCAAAUUGAUUUGUCAAAGAUAUUAAACUGCCAGGCAUAUGAUCCUACUCAUGCUGCUCAUCUGGAAGCAUUGUUAAAGGAGAACAAAUCUCUGACUACUAAAGGGCUUCAUGACAGUGAAGUCAGAACGUUGUGCAUCUGUGAUACACAACAGAUUGAUCUGGAUAAGGCUCGCACUUGGCUUGAGGAACUCCUUUGGGAUAAACAGGAUGGCAUGGAUGUUUAUCGUUGCAAGGGAAUUUUAAGAGUCAGAAACUCAGAUCAACUCCACACUUUACAGGGCGUGAGAGAAAUAUAUGAAAUUGUUCCGAGCCGCAAGUGGAGAAAUGAAGAGAUUCAGAUGAACAAAAUAGUAUUCAUAGGUCGGUUUCUGAAUGAACAGAUUCUUUUGGACUCAUUACGUACUUGUGUUGUUGAAACCAAUUGACUCAAUAGAAUUUGAUCAGUCCUUUUGUUUAUGAUUAAGGUGAAGAAUUAAACCAACAUCAUCAAUCAAUUCACUGUUCGGUUUACCUCAUUGAUCAACUUUUGUGACCUAUGAUCCAAGUUGUACCUUAACUUGUUACUGCUUAAGUUUCCUUUCUUACCAUGGCAAAAUCUUGUUUGGU